GGGUGCCAGAGUCGGCUCCUCCUCGGGGCUCGGCGGCAGCUGAGCUGAACCGUGACGAACGAAGCCCUCAGCCCUGCCCGUUUCUGGGGCCCCUCGGAGGGGAGAAGAGAAGGAAAGAUUCUCAUUAGAAAGGGAACUAUCCAGUCUGAGCCUGAAAAGUGAGAGUCUACUUGUUACUAUGGAUUCCUGAGACAAGCUAUUGCCAAGAGAAGAUGUGGAGCAAAGAAGGGAGAUGCAGAAGCAGUAGAAGAAAGAGUCAAAUUAGAAUUGCCAGGCAUCGUGACCUUCUCGUCUGAGAACAGGACUUGACGUCAAGAACACCUAAAUAUCAGUUCCUGUUUUGACAAUGACCAUGUUCUCCUGUGGCUUUGGAAAAAAAACAUUACUGUCUGAUCUGUAAGAAAAAAGGGGUGAAAAGAAAAAGGAAAUCAGUCUUGGAGAAAUUGGAAGUGCUUUGAAUUUGCAAAGGGAUUUAGUGCCAGCUGCUACAGAAGGUUUUACAAAGCCACCUUUGGCACCGAAAUGGAUGAAAUGCUUCAGACCUAAAUGAAAGAUCACUAUUUGAAAGCAUAGCCAGAAUAAAUGAGCAGAGUGAAAACGAAUGGAUGAAGUUCUUACCAUGCACUGAACAGUGGAACAUCAGGUGCAAAGCUCUGGGAAAAUGUCUGCUUGCAACACCUUCACUGAACACGUCUGGAAACCUGGUGAAUGUAAAAACUGCUUCAAACCCAAAAGCUUGCACCAACUGCCCCCAGCCUCUGAAAAGACUUCCCUCUCGCAUGGUAAUCUGAAAACCAAUGCAAACCACAGCAACAACCACCGUGGUAGAAGUACAGGAAAUUUCCGACCCCCUGUAGCAAAGAAACCCACUAUAGCUGUGAAACCCACCAUGAUGGUGGUAGAUGGGCAGAGUGUCAGUGGUGAGAUCAGCACAACCGAUCAUUGUGAGAACAAGCCAGUAAUUAUAGGGUGGAACCGAAACAAGACUGUCUUAAACAAAAAGCCACUGAACAAUAAUAAUGAAGAUGAAAUUGAAGGUUAUAGCCAUGUUCAUAGGCCUUAUGGCAACAAUGAUAGUGCAGGUAAGAUACCAAAUAACAAUAAUAAUGGACUGACAGAAGUGUUGAAGGAAAUUGCGGGUUUGGAUACCACACCUCAGCAAACAGGAAAUGAAAUGAACUCAAGGGACACGUUCUUGGGAAGAAUAAAUAAUUGCUAUAAAAGAUCAUUAGAAAGACAGAUCCCUCCAAGCUGCAUGAUGGGUGGAAUGAAGGAUUCACAUAGUAAGCAUGUUAUUCUGAGUGGAAGCACUGAAGUAAUAAGUAAUGAAGGUGGGCGUUUCUGUUACCCAGAAUUCUCCAGUGGAGAUGAGAGUGAGGAUGAUAUGUUUUUUGGCAGCAGGCAGGAAGAGCAUGAGAGUUGGGAUGAAAGUGAUGAAGAGCUGCUAGCAAUGGAAAUUCGCAUGCGGGGCCAACCUCGCUUUGCUAACUUUAGAGCUAACACCCUGUCUCCUGUCCGGUUUUGUGUUGACAAAAAAUGGAACACUGUGCCUUUAAGGAACAAGUCUCUACAGAGGAUCUGUGCUGUAGACUAUGAUGAUAGCUAUGAUGAAAUUUUAAAUGGUUAUGGAGAAGAAACUGUGAUGCUUUAUGGGCAAGAAAGCAUGCAGAGUAUGGUAUCAUCUGAUUCCACAUCUCCUGAUUCUUCUUUGACUGAAGAGUCUCGCUCUGGAACAAUCAGUAGCUCAUCUCAAAAACUCUGCAAUGGAGGGUUAUCUCCCAGUACCCCUAAGGAGAUCAAGUUGAUUGAACCAGAUUAUGAGAGUCUUUGUGAUAAGCAGCAAAUGAAAGACAUGCCAAAAACUUCCAGAAACACUGCAAACAUUCUAGAGACUCACAAGGCAGUUCUUGCACUUAGAUUGGAAGAGAAGGAUGGCAAGAUUGCGGUACAAAGUGAUAAUCAAGAAAGCAAAAGUGCUACAGAUGUUACUGGUCAAGCAGUGACUAUAAACUUGGUACCAAUGGAAGAUCAAGCCAAACCUUACAGAGUGGUAAAUAUGGAACAACCAGUGUGCAAGCCUUAUACUAUAGUAGAUGUGUCAGCAGCCAUGACCAAUGAGAGUAUGGAUGGUCAGACUGAAAGCUCAGAAACCAAAAGUACACCAUCUCACCCAAAUUCACCAGGAACUCCAGGUGCUCCAAUUAUAUCUAAUACUGCAUCAUCUGUGCGAGUAAAUGCCAAUCUAAAAAAAUCCAGUGCAGUUAGAUACCAAGAAGUAUGGACCUCUAGUACUAGCCCACGACAGAAGAUACCUAAGGUGGAAUUAAUUGCUAAUAGCUCAGGACCUUCAGUCCCUCCAAGGAAAAGCAGCCACAAAUCUGCUCCUACUUCACCUACAGCCACAAAUAUUUCUUCAAAAACCAUCCCAGUGAAGUCACCCAAUUUGUCUGAGAUAAAAUUUAAUAGUUACAACAAUGCUGGCAUGCCACCUUUCCCAAUUAUCAUUCAUGAUGAACCUACAUAUGCUAGGAGUUCAAAGAAUGCUAUCAAAGUUCCUAUUGUAAUCAAUCCAAAUGCGUAUGAUAAUUUAGCCAUCUAUAAAAGUUUUCUAGGGACCAGUGGAGAGCUAUCCAUCAAAGAUAAAACUACAAGUGUAAUAAGCCACACAUAUGAAGAAAUAGAAACAGAAAGCAAAAUCUCUGAAAAUAUACCCAGCAAACCCACUGAAUUUACCCAACCCAAGGGGGUAACUAAUAGCACAGAGUGUAAACUGGGUUCUGUGGCUCAGAAAGUUCAAGAGUACAAUACCUGUCUCAGCAAAGGUCAGACGUCACCACAAAGAAGUCAUAGUUUUGACCAUAGCUCCCCAACAAGAGUUCAGAAGACAAGUCAAGAGCCUGCAGCCAAAAUGGAAGGAGCACAGGAGACUUCUGGUGGCAACAGCAAUAGGGAAAAUGCAAACACAGUGCUUUCUCAGAUUGUGGCUUCUAUCCAGCCCCCGCAGUCUCCUCCAGAAACACCUCAAUCAGGACCCAAAUCUUGCAGUGUGGAAGAAUUAUAUUCCCUACCACCUGAUGCAGAUACCACUAAAAGCAGCCUGGUACGACCCAAAUCUCUCUUUACUGCACAACCUAUCAAUGAUACUGAAGUAUCCAGUGCCACAGAAAGCACUACCACUAAAAUGCAGAAGGAUACACUUUCAAAGCCACUUACCACCCAUUUGUCGAAGCCAGUAACAGGCACCCAUAAUACCACAAGUCCCAAAAUAGAGCAAGCACCUCCAUUUCCCCCUCCACGUUCCACUUCUUCACCCUAUCAUGCAAGUAAUCUGUUGCAAAGACAUUUCAGCAACUGGAGCAAACCAACCAGUCCCAUUAGAUCAACAGAGGCAGAGUCAAUACUGCAUUCAGAAGGUAGACGAGCUGCUGAUGCAAAACCCAAGCGCUGGAUAUCAUUUAAGAGCUUCUUCCGCCGCAGAAAGACUGAUGAUGAGGAAGACAAAGAGAAGGAAAGAGAAAAAGGGAAACUAGUGGGUCUUGAUGGAACUGUUAUACAUAUGCUGCCCCCUCCUCCAGUUCAACGCCACCAUUGGUUCAGUGAGUCAAAAACAGACUCCAGUGAGAAGCCAUCCAUUGUUUUCAUGUAUAGAUGUGAACCAGCACAGGCUGAACCAAACACCAACCAGAACAAGGCUGGAGUGGAGUUUCCAAAUGAAGAUACAGUGGCAAAGGACAAAGCAGAAAUGGAAGAGAUGUUGGCAGAGGAUUCUGAAGAGAAAAUUAAGAGUCAUUCUUCACCAUCUCAGAUUCCCAAGAAGAUCCUCAGCACACCAGAACACUGUGGAAUCAAUGGCUCACCAGAGUUUCAAGACAUGAUUAAAAGACUCAAGAAGGCCCUGAGAGAAUUUCCUUUAAUGGGGAAUUGUGUGAGUGAGUAUAGUGGUCAAGUGCCAGAUGAAACCACGGUGGAAGAAUUGUCUCCUCAGAUUCCAAGAGCUGUGUUUGUGAAGCAGGACAUUGGUGGCAAUGCCUCCAUCAUACCAGUGUCAACUCCCCAUGGCCCACAAGGGGAGGAAGAAAAGGAGGAAACUUCAGAUUCUUCUGACUUGAGCCCUGGCAGUGCUACAUACAGCAAUUUAGGUCAGUCCAGAGCAGCCAUGAUACCUCCAAAGCAGCCCCGGCAGCCAAAGGGAGCUUUGGAUGAUGCCAUUGCCUUUGGAGGAAUAGCAGACCAAGAGGCAACUAACAGCUUACAGCCAACACCACCUCCACUGCCAAAGAAAACCAUUUUGAGAGCCAACACGGAGCCGAUCCCCAAAGAACUCCAGAAGCAGACCCUGGAGAAUAAUCUCUGUGUUGUGGCCAACCCUACAUACGACAUUGACACCAACUGGGAAGCAAGCAGUGCCUGCUCUUCAGUCAGCUCAGAACUCAAGGCACUGGACAAUGAGUCAGGAGAUUCCUUGGACAGGCCUUUAGAAAAAGGAAAAGCAACCAACUCAACAGCCAACAGCAUUUCCAGCCUAACCACUGCCAGUAUUAAGGAUAGGUGUUCCAACAGCAUGGAGUCUCUGUCUGGGAGAUACAUCUCUCAGACUAAGCAGAGCAAGAAUAUACAGAAGCCACAGAGGCAAGCACUUUAUCGAGGAAUUGAGAACCGAGAGGAGGUGGUAGGCAAAAUCAGAAGCCUUCAUACUGAUUCACUGAAGAAGUUGGCAAACAAAUGUGAAGAUCUUUUCAUGGCUGGACAGAAAGACCAGCUGCGAUUUGGGGUGGACAGCUGGUCAGACUUCAGGCUAACCAGUGACAGGCCAUGCUGUGAAGCAGGUGAUGCAGUUUACUACCCAGCUUCUUAUGCAAAAGAUCCCCUCAACAAUUAUGCAGUCAAGAUUUGUAAGAGCAAAGCUAAAGAAUCCCAACAGUAUUACCACAGCUUGGCUAUCAGACAGAGUCUGGCUAUUAACUUUAACAUCCAACAGGACUGUGGCCAUUUCUUAGCUGAUGUACCUGUUCGCCUCCUUCCAUGGGAGGAUCCCAAUGCACCUGAGGUGGAGGAGGAAGAUGAACAGGAAGAAGAGGUAGAAGAUGAGGAAAAGAACAAAGAAACCCCUUCCUGUUUGGAGGCUUCACAGAAAGACAACUCAGGCAGUGAGCGGACCAACAGCAAGCAGCGCAGCCGUGUUGUGGUCAUCACACGGGAGGUACCAUUCCUAACGGUGGCUGACUUUGUGCGAGAGUCCACAGCCCGCCAUGCAAAUAACCCAGACUUCUAUGAAAGACAGGUGUGUCUACUGCUCUUACAGCUGUGUUCAGGCCUGGAGCACCUGAAACCCUAUCACAUCACACACUGUGAUCUGCGCUUGGAGAAUCUGCUGCUGGUUCACUACAGACCAAGGGGAGGCCUUCUGAACUAUGAGCCUGUGGAGCCCAAUCCCAACGCAGCUUGCCCAGCCAGGCUAAUUGUGAGCAAUUUCUCACAGGCCAAGCAAAAGAGACAUAUGGUAGAUCCAGAGGUGCUACGGGACCAAUCCCGCCUGGCCCCGGAGAUCAUCACUGCCACACAGUACAAAAAGUGUGAUGAGUUCCAAACUGGCAUUCUCAUCUAUGAAAUGCUGCACUUACCCAACCCCUUUGAUGAGAAUCCAGAGCUGAAGGAGAAGGAAUAUACCCGUGCUGACCUCCCCAGGAUCCCCUCCCGUUCCCUCUAUUCCUAUGGGCUCCAGCAACUCGCCAGCUGCCUACUGAAUCCCAAUCCUUCAGAGAGAAUCCUUAUUUCUGAGGCCAAGGGAAUCCUUCAGUGUUUGUUAUGGGGUCCACGUGAGGAUUUGUUCCACACUCUGAGCUCAUGUUCCAGCCCAGUACGGAAGGAUGCUGUGCUGCAGAACUGGCUGGACAUCAAACGGACGCUGCUGAUGAUCAAGUUUGCAGAGAAGUCCUUGGACAGGGAGUGUGGAGUCAGCCUUGAAGACUGGCUUUGUUCUCAAUAUCUGGCAUUUGCCACUACAGACUCACUCAGUCGCAUUGUGAAAAUCAUGCAGCAACACUAGUUUGUACAAGCUGUUGCUUUUCCUCAACCCCGUACUCCUUGCUCUAUUCUGCUCCCACCCUCUUUAUUCUAGGGUUCACACUUUGCACAACUUCUGAAAAAAAUAGCCUAGAUCUCAAAGCUAGCAAUCCUGAGCAAAUGGGUUCUAAUUGGAAAUACUGUCUCCUAUUGAAGAUACGAUGGAGACUUUAUUCAAUUCCUAGGCCUUCCAUAUUUAAUCAUAUGUACAAUGGUUGCAAUUGGAUUAUAUACCUCCUAGGUUGGAUUAAUUUUUUAACAGAUUGAAAAAGGAGAGAGAAAAAUCUUAAGGAGACAACUAUUUUUAUAUUACUAUAGAGAAUGAAUUCCCCAUCUCCUCUGGAUGGAUCCUACCAUUUCUAGUGGUAGCUUCUGCAGAAAAAGCAGUGACCAUUUAUGACCAUCAACAGAUUAAUUCAUCAUAAAUGUGAAUCAAAUGAUCCACCAAAGUUAAGAGCCUCUGACCACAAAAAUAUUGCCUCUGCUCCAUCCCCCGUGAAAGGUUCUGCCUCUCAGUCUAGGAUGAAGCUCAUCCACAUAGUCUUCUCAUUCAGGUAGAUUUUUUUUUCUCCUACUCUUAAAUUCUUUAUUUUCCUCCCAACUGAGGUAGUCCUCUGAUCCCAGCAAGUAAUCAAUAGGCAGCAAUCAUCAGUGUCCAAUAUGGUUGCCUUCUCUGACUUGCUAGCUGUCCAUAUCCCUUCUGAUCACGGGUCCUGGAUUCCAAGGAUCCUGCCUUAAUCAGCCCAUGAUCAUCAACCUGUAGUAUCUCCACUGAAAAGCAAACGGAACAUGCAUGUUUCUCUUCCCACCAGUAUAUAGGAUCGGAAAGUCAUGUAUUGUAGAUAUAACAGUGUUAAACAAAAGCAACAUAACAUACCAAGAACAACUGAAACAUCCCUCCCACCCUAAAAGGCACUAAACCCUGGGCUUAAAAUGAACUGAAAUUACAUAACCAAUCCUCCUUCAGUUGCUGCUAUGCAUCAGGUAUCAAAAUAGCAGCCUCCUUCUUUGUGUUUUAUUUUGGUUUGCUAGCCACUUGUGGCAUAUUGCAAAGCAGGACUGAAUUGGCAGUGCUGGUGUGUUGGCAGGAGAUAGCUACACAGACAAGCACUAAACAAUUCUAACAGGCCACAUGGAGAUGGUUUUACUUCAAAUGCAUUUCUCUGGGGGGAAAACAAAGGGGAAAACACUACUAUUUAAUUACUGAGAGACCUGUAAAGUUUGGCAGCUGUAACUAACAGUGACCUGAUCUAUUUUCCCCACAGCAGUAUUUGGCUACAAAUUUUCUAUCAGUAACUAAUGUUUACUAGUAUACUAGCUGCUUCAGACAACACCCUAAAAAUCCCUAAAAAUGGAAUGGCUGUCGACAUAACUCAGAGAUCAUUGCAGAUAUAGAUUUAGAGUAAGGGGGCACUAGUGGAUAUUAAGGAGACAGGUUAAAAAAAAAAAUCCAAUCUGAAGGAAUUUUUCACCUUUAGAGGCAGCUGCUGGUUUUUUCUUUCCUGAGAUAGCGACCUUUCCUAUGGAACGCCUACAAUCAUACAGAUGCUCUCUUUGCUCAGUAUUGCUAGGUUCUCAAUUGUCUCAAAUAUAUCUGAAGAACACAAGGGGGGGCAAACGAAAGGUGUUAUUUAAUAUUCUGAGAUGGGUGAUGGAAAGCAUAUAGCCCAAGUUUUGAGCCUGUGCUUCUCUCCUAUGGAUAUAUGUGCAAUUCUUGUAUGUAUUUUUUUAAAUCUGUAUAUUACAGUGUUUACGUUACUUACCAGACUUUACCUGAUGCUAGAUCUGCAAACCCUUCCUUUACUUUCCUGGCACAUAAAUGCGCAGAGUUAUAUGUGUUGUUUAUAUGGAUUGAUAUUUCAUUUUUCAUUGUUCGUUAAAUCUGUGAGAAACCAGUUUACUUCAGUCUUGAAAACAAAUAGCCACUUUUUAUAGCAUAUGCAUGCUUGGACCAGAUGCAUGGAAACUGAACAAACAGUCCUGCAGGCAUGAGGUCAGUGAAACUAGCUCCAUGUACACACCGCAUAUUUGAAGGGGGUGAAAUUUGGCAUCUGUCCGAGCCAAACUUUGUGGAAUGUGGAAGCCUACAUUGAUUGUGCAGUAAUAUAUAGAAUAUUUUUGUGGACUUUUUAAACGUUUUUAAACUUUCUGAUGAAAUAUCCUUUUGUCUGAUUCAUCUGUAUCAGAGAGGGAUCAGGAAGGAUAAGGAUCAUGUAUUUUAAUGUGAUAUAUAUCACUUAAAAAUAUCGCAAAGAGUUAAUGCAAAAAGAGUGCAGCGCACUUAAGCACAAAUGCAGUGCAUUGAGUUGAUGACUUCCACCACUUUGGGAAAGAGGCUUUCUACAUAAUGCUGAACAAACUUGUGGUAGAAGCCUUUACAAAGAAUUGCACAAUCAUUAAAUGCAGCCCUGUUUCAUGUGGGCACAGAAUCGUGUAAUGCCUUAUGGCUUAUAUACACUGAGCAUGAGUUGACAGCUCACUUAAAUGCUACCUGCAAACUACCAGACAGUCACCAACCCUUUAAGCUAAGCACAGGACAUUGCUUCUUCUUGUUCCCCUGGUCUGGUUUAGUGUUGGUUUUUGUUUUGUUUUUAGGUGGCACCUAUCUGCACAUAACUUCUCACCUAACAAAUAUAUGCUGUAUGAGCAGCACAUGGACCACUGGCCAUUGCAGUAGGCACAUUCCUUUAGGCUGCCUGGUUUGGUUGGGUUUUCUUUUCUUUUUUUUGUGUAUGUGGACACAUGUUCUCAGUGUCACUUUCAUGUCAACACGCACAUGCAAAGUUGAAUAUUGAAUGUUUUACAACCUUAUGUAUUUAACACAGCUGGUCCAAAGCCUUUAUAUGUCUUUGUUCUUUAAAUAUCUAAUUUCAGUUCAUAUUGUUUGUGAUUAAAUUUAAACCAGUACUCAUUUUA